CACACUCUAUUUUGCUGGGAAUCCGCAAGUGGGGGUGAAGACCUCACCCCAAAACCACCCCUUUUCAACCUGCGUAGGAAAGGACGGUGAAAACGGAUUUUCACUGCAGCCCCAAAACCGGAAAUGAGAAGCAAUCUCCAGGUUCUAAUAGUCCCACUUUUGGAAAUAACUUAUUUCUUUGAGUAAUUAAUUCCCUUAGACAAGGGAGAUGCUAAAAACCAGCCCGACCCUGACAUGUUCUAAGUGACAUUUUCCAAUCGCAAACACCCAUUUUGGCGUUGGGUGGAGCAGUGAGGAGGCUCCGCGACGCACGCCAUUGCUUUCACAAUGUGUACGAGAGGAACUGUACAUAAGAAAGCAAAGAAAUAAGAAGGCCUGGUGGGUGCGGUCAGGCCCGGCCGAGCUGCCCGGUCCCUCGGGCAGGAAAGACACGUAGCCUGGAACCUUGUGUGUCCGGCUCUGGCUGCCCGGGCCGCCGGCGGAAGCAUUUCAGAGUGGAACCGCGAGAAGCCGCUUGUAAACAGAGCCGGGCCGGGAUGGUCAGCGGCUGGGCUGGCUGUCACCGAGAGGCGGGCGGCGGGCUGCGGGAGCCAAGCCCCCGCCAGCAGCGGACUGCAGGCCCCGCAGGUGAAGGGAGAGUAGCAGCCGGCGCCCGGGAAAUCAAGGAUUGGCAUGGCGUUGCUUUGACAAGUACUUCCUGUUGUCUUCACAGAGGUCUUGCUGAAGAAUAAUCUCAAAGGAACAUUUGGUCUCCCUAUACAUCUGUUAAUGUCCAUUAGCCAGUAGCAAAUGCUUUUAAUUACUGGGAAAACAUCAACCACCUUUGUGUUUGGCCUGCUCCAGGAAGCCCAAUGAAGGUUUCUUCCAGUUGUUUCCAUAGCUGUAUUGCUGAAGCACCCCUCUUGGGUGAAUGUUCAUGAAGCCGUUUCUGGAACCAGCUUAGGAGGCUGAGGCCUCCUGGAGCCUGUGACAUGGAAGCUUUGGAAGUGGAUGAUAUCAGCCCGGCCUUAGAAGUUACGGAGGAGUUCUUUAGUACUUUGGAUAGUAAGCUAGAAAAGGCUGUGCAGCAAGCAGAGGUUUAUGGGAUCCAGGAAGUCCCUGAACUGGUGGGGCAUGAGGUACUCAGUAACAUAACAGACAAUGGUGCUAUGAGAAAUGUCACCUCCCUGGGCAAGGGGGGCAUGAUUUGGGACCACUGUAAGAGCAGGCUCUUAGAAACCAAAGCUCAAAAUGUCUUCCCUGCCAAAGAACAGUUUAUGGUCCAGAGAGGGACAACCCCAGAUAAUCUUUCCUGGAUGGAACAAAAGGAAGCAUCAACCUUUAAUUUUUUCAAUAUCUGUCAGCGUCGGAGGGACCGGCCUCGUUCUGUAAAUGACUUACUGGAUGAGACCUCAACUUUCAAGCCAGGGCAUGCUCGAUCACGAUCAGAUAUUACCCAAGUGGACUGGAGGGUGGUCCUCAAAACCACACCUCUGCAGCAGCAGCAACAGCAGCAGCCAUCGCUUCAAGGCCCGCACGUCACCAGGCCAUCUUUUCUGUUGCCCUCACCAAAUAAGAUAGAAGAUGCUCAAGGAAAUACCGAACACAAGCAGACAUUCCCAAACAUUCUAAAGAAGGGUUACCUGGAGAUUAGAAAGGACCAUGACAGUUACUGGCAAAGCUGUUAUGCAGAACUUUCACCUUACAACUUAUACUUCUACAGCCUCGACAGCAGUGGGAAUCAAAACCUGUAUGCCACGUACCAGCUUUCACACUUCCAGAGCAUAUCUGUUUUAGGCAACCUGGAGGCCAGGAUGGUGGAUACUGUUUUGUAUGACAACACUCAGCUACAGCUAAAGGCAGAGUCACCAUGGGAGGCUUUGGACUGGGGGCAGAAGCUUUGGGAAGUCGUGCAUGCUGCUGUGCCUGGUUACAUGGGGCGGCAGAAUGAGCUGACAAUCUCACCAGGGCUUGGCCAUCAUGAUGACUAUACACAGUAUCAUUGUUUCCAGAAGAAAGCCAGUGGGCUGCUGCCACCGUCCCCUGUGCUAGAUAGCCCCAAACAGUACCAAAACAUCCUCAAAUCAGGGACUCUCUACAGGCUGACUGUCCAAAACAACUGGAAGGCAUUUACGUUUGUGCUGAGCAGGGCCUACCUUAUGGCUUUUCAGCCCGGCAAGCUAGACGAGGAUCCACUGUUGAGCUACAAUGUGGAUGUGUGUCUGGCUGUCCAGAUAGACAACCUGGAUGGCUGCGACUCUUGCUUUCAAGUCAUUUUCCCCCAGGAUGUCCUUCGCCUCCGAGCUGAGACCCGACAGAGAGCUCAGGAAUGGAUGGAGGCUCUGAAGACAGCUGCCAAUGCGGCCAGGAGUUCAGAGCAAAACCUGCAAGUCACACUGAGGAACAAACCCAAGGAUCAGACGGGUGGGCAUGAACUCAGGAAGAAUAAACGCCAAUCUGUGACUACCAGCUUCCUGAGCAUUUUGACGACUUUGUCUUUGGAACGAGGACUCACUGCUCAGAGUUUCAAAUGUGCAGGCUGCCAGCGAUCCAUAGGUCUUUCCAAUGGGAAGGCCAAGGUGUGCAACUACAGUGGGUGGUAUUACUGCAGCAGCUGCCACGUGGAUGACAGCUUUCUCAUCCCAGCACGCAUAGUCCACAACUGGGAUACUUCAAAAUAUAAGGUGUCGAAGCAGGCCAAGGAGUUUCUGGAGUACGUGUACGAGGAGCCGCUCAUCGACAUCCAGCAGGAGAACGCCAUGCUGUACCACCACGCAGAGCCGCUGGCCGCCGUGCUGCGGCUGCGGCAGCGGCUGAAGUCGCUCCGAGCCUAUUUGUUCAGCUGCCGGGCAGCGGUGGCAGAGGAUCUCCGCCGCAGAAUUUUCCCCAGAGAAUACCUCCUUCAACAGAUCCACCUGUAUUCCCUCGCCGACCUGCAGCAGGAGGUAUGAAUGCAUGGUGGUUUUUGAACUGACGAAGUGCUUCCUUGUAAAGGAGAUAGAAGGCAACAACUCAGCAUGUGUGAAUGCACGGACUAGUAUUGGUGCAUGUUUUGAAUGGGGAAACUGAGGCACUGCUUUUUAAGAGCUUUUCCUUGGUUAGUUACUUUGGGAAGAAUAAAUAGAAUAGAAUUUGUGUUUGGUUAUUUUCAGUCUAUCCAGCAUUAUCACAAAUCCAUGAGAAGGCUUUAAGACAGGAAUGCAAUAAAAAGAUAUGCUCACCUGAGAUGGAGAGAGUUGUACCAUAACUCUCAGUGCCUUAACUUUCGGCGUCAGCUAUCUGCUUUCCCUGUUAAGUAUGUGACAAACCAUCUCCUUACUCCCCUUGGCGCUUUUAACACUGAUAAAAAGGUUCCAGAUUUUACCAGUAGAAUACAUUAGUAUAUAUAAAUAAAUGGUCAAGAGUUCUUAGUUGUUCUUAAGGAGCAAAUCAGAAGUCUGGUUUAAUAUGUCAUUCUUUGGACUGUGUAAAUGAUAGCAGGUUUAUUCUGAAGUUCCUUCUAUUUGCUGAAAGAAAAGGUCAGAUUUGACUUCUAAAUUUUGGCUACCUGUGCUCUUGUGACAAAACCUAAAAUGUAUAUUAAUGACUAACUCUUCUGGUAUUACUCACCUUUGGGGGCAUAUGUAAGUUAAGCAUUGAAUGAUUCUAUUUGUGGCGAUUCAUGAGAAAGGAUACUGGAUGAUCCCAUGGGUGAGGUGGCUGGUUAGAGUAGGCCCUCCACCCUACUCCCUCCACUGCCCACCACCUCACCCCCGCACACACACACCCCUUUUGUGAGACAACCUAAGGAGCUAAUUUUCUCAUUAUUCGCCUUCCCUGGGCCCUACAUUUCCAAAUGGGACCCUACCUUUAGGUGAACGCAUUUAGAUUGUAGUUAAUAGGAAAUAUAUUACCCAAGAAAAAUAAAUUAUUAUUUUGGCAGAAAUUCAUUUGAAAACAUGGCAUAAUAUUGAGGGUGGGAAGACAUUUCAACAGAUAAGUUUUAAUGAAAGAAAAAGGACAGGAAAGUCUGGAAUUUGGAGUACUUACUAAAGAGUUGUGAAGUGGGAAGGAUGCCAGGUGGGAGGACCCACAGCACUCAAGAGCUGUGAAAAGAGAGAGGAGUGACCAGAUGUACACUACCUUUCUGGAAUUGCCUAGCACUGCCUAAACUGUUUAAUACUAAAGCAAUAAACACUUACACUCAGCAACUGAUGUAACUUAUGCAACAUAGAAAUGUUCAGUGGAUGGAUGGAUGGAUGGAUGGGUGGGUGGAUGGGUGACAAAGGUGUAUAUGUACAUAUGUUCAUACAUACGGUAUCGUGAACUCACUGGUUCUCUCUCCCCUAAAAAGCAAAGCAAACUGGUUAAUUUAACAUCAGUCGCUAAACAAAACAAAAUUAGAAAUGCUGACUAUGAAAUAUAACAAUGCACAGAAUUCUAAAACAAAAUAAAAAUCUCUGCUUAUGUCAGAAUAAUAGUGAGUUGUUUCGUGUUGCAAACUUUCUGAACACUCACUCCAUAUCCUGAACAGUUAACUCUUCGGUUAACUUUUUUGCUAGUCCAGCAUACCCACAGAGCUUAGGAAUUGUCAUCCGUGUGACCUCAACAUUUGUUAGAAUUGGCCCCUGAAGAAAUAAAUCAAACGGUGGUCUUACCUCAACUGUUUUCUAGCUGGUAAGAUCACAAAAAGGCAAUGUUUAAGACAUUUCAAGGCCACUUUUAAACAACAUGCUUUACUGAAUUCUUCUUCAAGGAAGUGAUGUUAGUUAUUUUGCAUGGCCCUGACCCACCAAGCAAACCCAUAAUCAGAGAACGUUUUUCUCUAUGGACGCUCUUCACAGAGUCAGCAGACAAAGGCCACGCCUAAGUGGGCACCCAGCACAGCUGCCCUUUCACCAAAGAAGUAACAGGUGAUGACCUUUAUUCACACAGGGGUUGACAUCUUUGAAUCCACAGCCCACAGGAACACAGCGCCUCAGUACCCACAACCGAGUCACCAGUCCCAAGCCUCAGGAGCCCAAGGAACUUGUAUUCAUAGCUUCUCAGCAGCCCUGAUCCCUACACCAUUGUCCACCCAGGCAUUAGCGGCCAGGAUAACUAAUUAGGAGCAUUCGGAUUUAACAAGCAGAAAAACAAAGCGUGACAGCUCGCCUGUGUUGUUCCAUGGCCGGUGCCUGUGUCCGCUGCAGCCGGCACUGCCUUCAGAAACCCCUGAACGUAAUCUGGGGCGAGACGGGAGCGAGGCCUCCAUUAAAACAUCACUAAAUCUCUGUUAGCUAUUUUAGCCACAGCUCUCCCAACCAAUUAAUGAGCUAGGAAAGAGGACCGUAAGUUAUUUGGGGAGCAAAUUAUGCCUUUUAAACAAGUGGGUUUUCAAAAAAUGAAUGCACAGGCUAAGAUCUUGCUGGGGCGGAGGAAGGGAUUGAGUGUUAUUCUUUGAAGUUUUGAUAGGCAGGCAGCGGAGCAAAUGGAAAAGCCCUGUUCCUCAGGAGAGCAGGUGUAUCUUGAGUGGGUGCCGAACAGUUCAUGCCUCACACUCAGUCUCCCAGGGUGUUUCACAUCGUACAGGGAGGGGAAAGGGAAGAGUGACAACUGCUGCUAGGUGCCAGGACUGGAGCUGGGUCUUCUGACUCCUCACUUUCAGUCUUGACAUCUUUACUACCUGCUGAGCAUAACUACUAGUUUUCUGAUGUUUUGAUGAUGGAACCAGUUAACUGAGUGGGUUAAAGCAGGUGAUUAGCAAGGUGCUGGUGCAGAUUGUUCUCUAUGCAAGCUGACUUUUCUGUUCUGCAGACCCAGGCGCCGCAGCCAAAUUCCACAGAUGAUUGAAGGAUCGGGGGAGCUCGGCAUGGGCUGUGGCAGAAAAUGUGCAGAGCGAAGGACAAAGUUACUACCUUUUGUGGAAGCCAGAUCAGAAAGAUAACUGUGUGUUGUGAGAGGUGGAUAGAGAGCCCUGUUGCCCAGGUGAGAAGGAGCUCAGUUGAGAUAAGGAUUCCAGGAGCCAACUCUAGCCCCUCAGGUAGAGACAACACAAUACCGGUUGAGGCUGCAGCUGUGGAGUUGGAUGGUGUUUAGUCAGUGCUGAAAUCACUCUCCUGGGAGUCCUUUGGCAUGCAGCCAUCUGAGUGCUGUUGUUGUUGUUGGGUUUUUGUUGUUUCAUAUUUUAAAAGAGCAAUCAUAAUACUGACGAAGUGAGGGCCUGUUUUCAAAGAACAUUUACUUAAAGAUAUAGAGUAAGGUUAGCAUCGGUCUUGCCAGUGGUAGAAACCUAUGCCACCAACAGCCAUUGUGAAAGGGACCCAGUAGUCUUUCUGGUUCUUCAUUUCUAUUCAGUUUGAUUCAACAAGUGUGUAUUGAUUGAAUGCUUUCUGUGUGCUAAUCAUUGAGCUAGCCACAGAGGAGGCAAAGGUGAUUAAGCCACAGUCCCUUCCCUCACUGAGCUCACAGUCUGAUGAGAGAGGCAGAUAGGCAUUAAGUCAGGGGAGUUGAACCUAGGGUACUUGGGGAAUACAUCUGACCAAGUGUGUGGCAGAUUGUAUUUUGCAAAGAUAGCUGCAACAGUAUCUUCCAUCCCACAUGUCUUUUUUACACUGUGACUCUGUUGCUCCUCCUAUUCAGUGGUGGGAUCUGUGUUCCUUCUCCCCAAAUUUGGGCAGACCUGUGACUAUGGAAGUGAUGCCAUGUGAUUUCCAAAGCCAAGUCAUAAAAGGUAAUAUAGGUCCAACCUGGUGCUUUCUGGAGAUGCUCACUCAUGGCAACCCAGUGGCCAUGUUGUAAGGAAGUCCAGAUGAGCCCUCAUAGAAGAACCACAUGAGCAGGCCUCAUUGGUGGUGGUUCUAGCUGACAGCAAUCAUCAACCACCAGAGAGAUGAGUAGAGACAACCCCACAUGAUUCCAGCUGCUAUAGCCUUCAAGUCUUCUCACCUGAGCCUAUAGAUGAGGCUGCAGAUAUUAUGGAGCAGAAACAAACCAUCUCCAUAGUGUCCUUCCUGGAGUCCUGACCGACAAAAUGUGUGAGCCCAUAAUAAAUGAUUAUUUUGCACCACUAGGUUUUUGUUGGUUGGUUUUUUUUCACCACUACGUUUUGGGGUAAUUUGUUUUGCAGUAAUAGUAACCAGAACACCCAGUAACUUGGCCAUCAGGGAAGGCUUCUUAGAGGCUGUAAGUUAAAAUUUUGGCCCAUAAUCAUGAGCCAGAGAGAGAGGACUAAGAGGAGAACUUUGAGGCCUUGGUAGCCUUAAACCAUUCUAAUGAUCUGAUCUACAGUGUUUCUUCCAUGGGGGCAAGCUGAAGAAAAUUUUGACUACUAACUGUGACUUUUUUUUUUUUUUUUGAGAUGGAAUCUCGCUCU